CGAGCAGAGCCAAUCUGCAAAAACGCGGGCUAUCUGGUAGGAAUCCUGUCGGUGUGGAUAGGGAGCCAAGCGCGUCAUUAGCGGCCAACACAGCGUGCGACUAGUAGAGCCGGGCGAUCAUGUCAGCAGCGGACUUAGAGCCGUCGGGCGAGGCAGCAGGUGAGGCGUGGAUACGAGUCGACGACGCACCGAGGCCCCGUGGAAAUGGCAAAAGGAGCGCCCUCGUACCGGGAGUCAGCUGGCCUGGCCCGCCGUUCGGACAACAGCAGCGGCAGCGGGGCGAGGCGAGGCGGGCGGCGGUGACGGACGGCACGCAGUGCUUCUUCCCGGCGCGGCUGUCCAAGUACUUCCCGUUCGGCUCGCUGCUCGCCUUCAACUUCGUCCUCGUGCUGGCGUCGUGCGCGGGGGACGCGGCGAGUCAGAAGACGGCGAUCACGGUGGCGCUCGUCUGGUGCCUGCUCUCCUCCACGCUCCUCGCAUUCCUCAAACGCCUGCCGCCCAACUCUAACCAGCACGGCGGCGCGCGGGUGUUCCGCACGUCGACGGCGGACUUUGUGCUGAUGUGCGACGCGCACGUGGCGGGGCACGCCGCCAUCUCCGCCGUGGCGUUCACGUCGCUCGGCUUCUUCUCCGAGUCCGUCCGCCACCCUCUCUUCCCAGGCGUGGAGCCGCUGUGGUUCCUGGCGGCGCAGUACGUGCUGCUGCUGCUGGCGUGCCUGCUCACGCUGGUCGUCAUCGACGCCACGCCCGGCCUCACCACCAUCCCCUUCCCCUUCGCCCUCCCCGCCUCCCCGCCAUGCAACCACCAUUGCGCGCAUGCCUGCCCCCCCAACCGCGCCUGCCUGCCUCUGCCCCCAUCUGCUCUCCCGCGCUCCACCGACCUCCGCUCCUCUGGCGGCUCCGCGCUUCUCGCCACCAGUGCCGCCGCGACUGCUGGCGGAAAAUCGGGAGACCUGGCGUGCAGCGCCACUCCGCGGAGAACCCCCUCGCGCACCCCCUACCUCCUGCAGCUGGCGCGCGAGGCGGGUGCGCCAGUCGCGCCAAUGCCCCCCGACGCGCUGCUGUCCGCGGAAGCUGGGCAAGCGGCAGGAAUAAAGGGAGCCACGGAGGAGGUCGGAGGGAAUGAGGGCGCGCGUGGGGGUGUCGCAGGAGAAGGGGACGAACGGCGGACAGUGGCGGCGGCAACGAGGGGUGCGGCGGAUUGGGGGGGAAGGCAAGAGACGAGGGGGGCCGGCGACACAGAGGUGACAGGCGGAAACAAGGCAGGGGAGAGAACAGCGGCCGGGGAAAGCGUUAAAACGUCGAAAACAGAUGCGGAAAAGAGAGGAGCAGACGAGGCCGCGAGGGAUGCGGGAGAAAGCAGCGAGGGGAGGGAGACGGACAGGGUGGGCCGGCCUGAGCCGGAGGCGCAGACGGAUGAGAGCGGCGGUGGGGAGAACCGUGAGAGUGUUGCUGAGGGGACAUCCAUGCCAUCCGCCCUGCCGCAGCUGUCGCCGCCGGCUUCGACAGCAGGGGAAGCAGGCGCGCAGGAAGAGCGACAGGGCGUGCGCGACGGCGACAUCAGCCCUUCAAAUCCGCCUCUGGUGGCCGUCGCACCGCCGCCGCCAACCCCUGCGGCUGUGCUUGCCGUGCCAUGCCCGUCAGCAGCAGUGGCAGCAGCAGAAGCAGAAAAUCCAGACGCAGCGGCAGAAGCAGAAGCAGAAGCAGAAGCAGAAGCAGAAGCAGAAGCAGAAGCAGAAGCAGAAGCAGGAGCAGAAGCAGAAGCAGAAGCAGAAGCAGAAGCAGAAGAAGGAGCAGAAGCAGAAGAAGGAGCAGAAGCGGAACCAGAGACAGAAACAGCGGAAGAAGCAGCAGAAACAGAAGCGGAAGCAGCGGCGAAGAAGGAAGCAGAGGCAGUGGAGGAGGAAGUUGGUAGCAAAGCGAUUGACGCGUCCACAGCCAGCUCGCCUGCGCGUGCCGGCCAGCCUGCCCGCAGAGCGACGCCAGUGAGCAGUGGGGGGCUGCAGACGAACCAGGGCGCCCCAGUCGGGGAUCCCCCAGCCACUGCUGUUCCCGCACGUGUUGCCAACGCAGCUGUUGCGAAGGCCGUUGGCUCCGCUGCUGCUGCGGCUGCUACUGGCAGCAGAGGGGUCAGCAGCGGCGGUGGCGGGGCGAGGGCAGGAGGUGGGGGCGCAUGGGCGAGGGCGAGCGGCAGGCGGGAGCUGUGGGGCAGCGCGAGACAGGCUGGCAGGGGGGGGGCCGCGGUGACAGGGAGGGCGGGCGACGGGGGGGGAGCAGGUGAGAGUGGGAGGGAUGGCAGCAGGGCGAGGGGUGUGAGAGAGGAAAGGGGUGGAGGAGGUGCAGGUGGGAAGACGGACAGGGAGAAGAGCGAGCGGAGCGCAGGAGGUGGAGAGGAGGCAGAGGGGGGAGGUACGCCUGCAGUGGUGGCGGAGGAGAGCAUGGCAGAGAGUGGGACAGGGCUGCGCAAUGAGGGAGUGGGGGAGCAGCAGAAGAGAGCGGAGGCAGCACAUGGCGAGAACCCAGCAGACGGCGACAAUGCAGCAGAUGAGGAUGGUGAGGAGGUGGGGGAGGAAGCAGGUGGUCAGGUGCCAGAGAAGGAGAGGGAGAGUGCAGGGAAGGGUGAGGAGGUGCGGGCAGCGGGAGGAGGGGAGGGGGGAGAGGGAGUGCGGGAGGAGAUGACGCGGCGGCUGGUGCUGGCGCGCUUUCACAGCCUCGUCAGCCACGUCAAGAAGGCCGCGGCUGCUCUCGUGCAAGCCCAGGAAGGCGCAUGCGGCACGGAGGGCAGCAGUGGUGGCACCGGGAGUCCAGGAGGGGGCGCGGGGAGAGGGGCAGGUGGCGAUGGGAGCAGGGAGGGGGGCGGUGAGGAGGGUUCGAGGGCUUUGUACGAGGGGGCGGUGCAGCAGGUGGGGCGCAUGGUGGCGGCGAUGGCAGGCAUGGGCAUGCACGAGGAUGUGGUGGCGUGGCUUGCAUGCGACAGCCAGCUGCUUUCCCUACUCUCCUCCCCGCGCCCCCUUCCCCCCUCCCCUUCCCCCUCCCCUCCCCUACUCCCCCCUCACCACUUCCCCACGUGUUCCCCUCCUAAGCCUUCACCAGCAUCCUCCAGCCCCUCUCCACCGCCCCUCGCCCCCUUUGUCUCCCUCGUGCUGCUGCCUGUCAUGCGCCUCCUCCCCUCCCUCCCCCCGCUCUCCCCCACCCGCCUCCUCUUCCUGCGCCUCUGGCUUCCUCCUCUCUCCUACAUCCCCCCGUCCGCUGCGGUGCACGCAGCAUUGGGGGGAGUGCUGGGGGCAUUGGAGGAGGAGGAGAAGGCAGAGGUUGAGGUGAUGGUGGGGGCAGUAACGAGGGUGUGGGAAGGGGAGGCAGUAGAUGUGCAGGAUGGUGAUGGCCAGUAGAAAAAAGUGUUCGGAGUGCGUAGGUGUUCAAGGGUGUUUUGCAUCCCACUGCCAUCAGGAAUGGAUGAUGUAAGAUAGAUACCGUUAGAGCAUGAUGUGGGCUGUGCUGGUGGCAGCUGACUUGACCUGGCGAUUCUUGACACUGUAGAGUGCUUUGUAGGUGACGGAAGCAACACCAGCCUUGCUGGAAGGGGGCUUCUGUGAAUGAGGUCAGGGUUCCCGUUAGCAGACGAAAUCCGUCUGUUCAUCUGAGAAUCAGACUCACAUUUUCCGUGUCAUCUGAUUUUUUGACAACCAUUAAUUUUCCAUCUGAACGACCAUCU